AUGUCACAAACCACCAGGCAGCUCAAAAAGGCUGCACGGAUCAUUCUGGUCGGUGCGCCGGGAGUAGGGAAGGGAACACAAUCCGAGCGACUGCUGGCUCGGUUUCCCCAACUCGCCUCAAUUAGCUCCGGAGACCUUCUUCGCGAGAACGUGCGUCGCAAGACACCGCUCGGCCUCGAAGCGGAAGCCACAAUGCAAUCCGGCAAUCUCGUCCCCGACUCGAUGAUUCUCAGUCUCAUCUCCUCCGAACUCAAAUCCAAGGGCUGGCUCCCUCCUUCGUCUCCUUCAUCCUCCCCCUCUUCAUCGUCAUCAUCAUCGUCAUCGUCUUCCCCUUCCAAUGAGUCGGCGGACUCUUCUUCCGCUCCUUCAACCCCCUCAUCUACUCUGUGCCCGACAGCUUCCUUCAUCCUCGACGGCUUCCCUCGAACCGCAAGCCAAGCAAACAGCUUGGAUGCCCUUGUUCCGGUGAACUUUGUGGUCAAUCUCGUCACUCCACCGUCUGUCAUACUGUCUCGAAUCGCGUCUCGCUGGGUCCAUGAGCCCUCAGGUCGGGUGUACAACACUGACUUCCAUGCACCCAAGGUGGCCGGCAGGGACGAUGUGACCGGAGAGCCGCUGACACAGAGAGAGGAUGAUUCCAUUGACACAUGGAAACAGCGGCUGCGCAAGUUCGAGGAGACAAGUCGGGCUUUGCUUGAGCACUAUGAGCGCCGUGGCUGUCUCUGGCGUGUCGAAGGGAAUUCCAGUGACGAAAUUUCGCCGAAACUUUUUGCCGAGAUUGAGCGUAGAUUCUGCUGA